UUAAUUGAUUUGAAGGGUGAACAAAUGGGCAAGAUUGCCAAAGUUGUGGUCUGUGGAGCCAGAGGUGUAGGGAAGACUGCAAUUCUGGAGCAGCUCAUUCAUGGGCAUGUCACAGCCCAAACUGAGCUGUACCCAACAAUUGAAGACAUUUAUCCUGCAUCGGUCGCAACAGAAAGGGGUUCCAAAGAGCUUCUCAGGUUCUUCGACACUGCUGGAUUAGGGCUUGGUUUCACAUCCGAACUUCCAAGGCACUAUUUUGCCAACGCUGAUGGCUAUGUGAUCGUAUACGACCCUGAUGAACCAGAAUCCUUCAAUGUCGUUCUCAACAUCAAAAAAGAUAUUGAAAAAUACCGAGAAAAGAAAGAGGUUGUGGUCACAGUUCUAGCCAAUAGGAAGAGAGGCGAGCGGACAUAUCCCGUGGAUAUUGGCCAAGCAAGCCAAUGGGCGACCAGAGAAAAGGUUCGCCUGCAUGAAGUGGACGCAAUGGACCGCUCAACCCUUUUUGAUCCUUUCACCCAACUUGCUACCAGACUGAACCCUCCUCAGCAAAAAAGUGCUUUCUCUCAGCUUGGAAUCUCAAGAAAAAUCAAAGAAGCUGGGUAA